UGAAAAUCAAACUUGUAGACUUUCUUCUCUCUCUUCUCUGCGAGGGUGAACGUAGAAAUGAGUAGCAAAAAGAAUAACUCCGUUUCUGUUAUUGUUUCCAACCCUAAGGUUCUUAAUUGCUCCAAUUGUUUUGAACUCUUAACCAUUCCACUCUAUAAGUGUGAUAAUGGCCAUAUUGUUUGCUCUACCUGCUGUGAUAAACUUGAGAAGAAGUGUCCGAAGUGCUACAUUAGCUCGAAACGUUGUAAAGCCAUUGAGAAUAUAUUGCAAUCUAUGGAAGAAAUAUCAUGUCCGAAUGAAAAACAUGGUUGCAGGGAGACAAUAAGUUACUGCAGAAAUAGGAAGCAUGAAAAAGAAUGUAUCUAUGAGCCAUGUUACUGCCCCUUUUCAGGUUGUGACUUCGUUGCAUCAUCAGAAGUGCUGUCCAGCCAUUUUAGCCAAAAACACGGGGAUUCUCAAAAUAAAUUUUCUUAUGAUCACUCCUUCAUUGUCUCCUUGAAUUCUAAUGAUGAAACCGUUGUUCUUCAAGAGAAAAACGAUGGCCAAUUAUUUAUCCUCAAAAAUAUUACUAUGUUUUUGGGAAACGCGGUCAAUGUUUGCUGCAUUGGUCCAAAAUCUUCUGAGUCCAAGUAUAGUUAUAAUAUUUUAGCUUGUUCUAAGAUGAGUGAGCUGAAAUUUCACACUUUUGCGAAGAAUGUCCAACGGGUUACUUUGAAAACUCUUUCAUCAAAGUUCCUUGUGAUUCCAUUUGGUUUUUCUGAACCUCUCGAGAUAGAAAUUUGCAUCAGAUCAUUUCCUUGUGAUUCCAUGAUGCAAAUAUUCAUAAAGAAGCUGGAUGGAAAGGUGUUACCCUUGAGGGUUAAGAGUUCAGACACGAUAUACAGUGUGAAGGAGAAGAUUUUUAACAAGGAAAAGUACGCAAUAAUCGAUCAACGUCUGAUCUUUUCCGGUAAUCAACUACCUGAUCAUCAGACCAUUGCCAAUUGCAACAUCGAAGAGAAGUCAGCCAUCUUCCUCGUCUUUCGCCUCAUGGGCGACUAGACGACAACCAAACCAUCGGUGAUUACUACAUCCAAGAGCAGGCAACCAUCAACCUCAUCAUCCGCUGCCAUCGGCGACCUGUAUCAUGAAGACAAUCACCCUAUAAGUAGAAAAUUAAUAUAUUAUUGAUAACAUAUAGCCUAUGACUUUUGCUUUUCUUAUUAAGAAUUUGACUUUUUUUUUUUUUUUUGUCUUAAGCUGUAUAAUGAUUAAUUUUUAUUGGGGAUGAUUUUCAUUCAGCAAAUUGAAAUUUCAACACUAACUUAAAUC